CCAGUUAAAUAUCGUGUCAUCAUCAUCAUCAAACGAAAAUCCGAUGAUCGUGUUUACGUUUACAAUUUACAGUGCGAAGAAUUCUAAGAUAAAACCACACAAACCUGACCGAAAAUGUCAACCGAUUUCUCGUUUUAUCUGUAAAUAGACUUUAGACAGGCGAAAACAUGGACGUGGAUAUGGAAUUGGACUCGGAUUUGAUGACGAAGUUUAGUAGUUUAGGCACAACGGACCGCGAUGUGUUGGUCGGCGAAUUUCAGAAAUUGGCCGGCAACAAUUUGAACCCGACGGCCUGUGCAUUCUUCUUAGAUAUGAACAACUGGAAUUUACAGGCUGCUAUUGGUUCAUAUUACGACAUUGAAAACUCCGCCCCACAGACGAAGCUUCCACGAAUGACCUUAAUCAAAGAUGUAACGAUCGGUGAAGGUGAAUCCAUCACGCCAAACACAGAGUUCACGAAAACGUGGCGAGUUAAAAACAAUGGGGACGAGCCGUGGCCUCCCGGUAUAUGCCUGCGUUUCACCAGCGGACACCAACUCGGACCCUACGAUCAUAUAUUCUUAGAACAUCUUGAACCCCAGCAAACGUUAGACAUCAGUAUACGGAUGUGUAGCCCCUCAGCGUGCGGCCUUUAUCAGGGACAGUGGAGAAUGUGUACAACCACUGGGUUCUUCUUUGGAGAAACAAUAUGGGUGAUACUGGAUGUGAGAACGGAUGGAAUGCUGGGCUUGACUCAACAAAUGUCGUCAUUGGCAACAGAUCAAACAGAUCCCUCAAUCAACUCUACACCUCUGCCCUUCGGCGGUUCUCCCAGUUCCCCAGGUAGGCCCCCAGAUUCAACCACCACCCACCCACAGCUUAGAGCAUCACAUUUCCAGGUCAAUCAUUAUGAUAGCAGUAGCCCGCCGCAGCUUAUUUCUUCCCCAGCAAUAUUCUCUAGCACACCGCAUCCUCAACCACACCCCUCUCAGCAAUAUUCUACAGAGCAACCUCUAAGCUCCGCCUACCAGCAGAUGUCUCUCAGUAGUGACAGCCAAUCAGAAGAGAGCUCACCGCGGCAACCCAAUGGGCUGGGCUUUCCAGGUUCUCUAUAGCAUUAGCUCAUUAGUAUAUAUGUAAAUGAUGUAUGUAGAGUUUCAUGGCUCACAGAGCAUAGAGGGCGCUUUUGUUCAGUUGGGUGAUGAUUGGUUUGUCAUGUGAUCUAGAUCUGACUUUUGAUUGGAUGAGAUGUCUUGCUUUUGUGAAGAUGAACCAAUGAAAAUCAACCAUGGUAAUGUUGAAUUCUUUACCCUUAAAGAGUCCAAUUUUGAUACUUUACCCUGAAAGUAAUGUCAUGAAAAACUCAGUUAUUUUAUUUUAUGAAUGACAAUGCCACUUAUAUGUUAAGAAAUCUGUGAUGCAUUUUUAAAGUUUAAUUCUGUACAUGUCAUACUAAUUUAAGGAGUUUUACAAUUAUGAAAAAUGCUGAAAUUCUGUUUUCCUCAUUGUUGAACCACUGCAAAAUAUUCUUGACCUUUCAUUAACAAUUGCAUACUGAAUACUUGCACUGCAAACUAGCCAGUUUUUCUUUACUCGCAUUUUUGCAGAAAAGAAAAUAGAUUGUUAUUGCAUCAGAUCAAGCAGCAAGAACACUAUUGGUUAUCCCGCGAGUGCGAGUGGAACAAUGAAUUUAUCUUCAAGCAAACUUGACGCACAGUAACGAUUGAACAUGCACGCUGUACAAAAACUUUUCAGUGGUUAUCCUUUUACACGUGUGCGUUGUACGGAAUGGCGUGCGCAUCUUAGAAUAGCGCAAUACGCGGAGUGCGGUAUGGACUGUGGCCUUGCUAUCCGCUUCGUUCACAAGUACCCCCUCACCGGCAAAGGAAGUACAGUUGGGGGUGCGUGGCCACUGCGUGUACAUAGAACAAAUCCACUGGUGUACG